AAUAUGUAAAUUUCUCAACAAACAGCCCCACCUAACGGAUCUCGAUCCGACCCGAAAAUAUCGCUCCUUUCCUUUCUCUCUAUUGUUUCAUUUCGCCUCUAAGUAACCACGGCCACCGUCAGCAGCGGCCGCGGAAGCAUUUGUAGCAUCUUAUCUUCAGCUUGUUAAAUAACAACCACCGACAGAUCUAAUAUGACGGUCUCCGACGACGAAAAUGAUAGCCUAGCACAAUUUCUGGAGUCAGAGGUCCUAUCCGAAGUCUCCGACCAGGAAGAAGAGGAAAUUGCAGAAGAGAAAAUAAUAAAAAAGCAAAAAAUGAAGGAGACAGAAAUUAUUAUUAUUAAUGAUGAUAAAAAGAAGAGGAAGAAAAUGAGGAUCGAGAGUGGGAUAUUGAGCAAGAUUCCUCCUGAAUUAUUUAUUCAUAUCCUCAAAUUCAUUUCUUCUGAGGAUCUGAUGACAUGUUCACGAGUGUGUAGAUUUAUGAAUUACGCAGCAUCUGAUGAGUCCUUAUGGCAUCGCCUGUAUAGCUUGCGAUGGGGUAUACUGCCUCCUUCUAAGAGGUUAUCUGAUAGUGGUUGGAAGAAGCUUUAUAUCCAGCGUGAUGAAGAAGAAAUGAUUAAACUUGUCAGCAACUGCCAACCUGAGUUUAAAGAGUACUAUAUUCAAAUGCAUGCGUCAAAGAGAAGUCAAGCUCCUCUUCCCUCACAGGUGAAAGAUGAUCGGAUAAUUCUUGACAAGACAAUCUUUGAUCAAGUGUCCAUCUGGAAAAGUAAAAAAGGCCUUGCAGAUAAGGUGGUCGCUGACCACACUUGUUCUGGAGAAACAUGUUCUUACUACCAAAUUGGGGAUGUUUUCGUUUGUGAAAAGACUGGAAAUGUUCAUGUGUGCGGUGAUACAUGCAGAGACGUUAUUAUAAACCCUGUAAAUGAGCUUUUGGUCUGUACAGUUUCAGGGCGAUGUUUUGAUAGACUAUUGUCACCUUCUGAAAUGGGACCUGAAGCUGCGGAAAGCUCAGCGUCAGAUGAAGCAGAGCCAUUCAUGGGAUCUGGUCGUUUUGCACGAGCUUAUUUGUUGGGAUACAAUUGCGAGAACGAGAAUGAGCUUGAAGCUACUUUGAGGUUUUGCUGAUUUAUAUGUUGUUCUGUAUAACUUUGAUGAAUUUAAAUGCUACAUAGCAUUUGAGUUUGUUGUCUGUAUAAAAGUAAUAAUGUAGUUUCACUUCAUGUAGUACAUAAUUUGGCUGUUAUGUAAGUUGUAGGGAGACCCGACAUGAUUGCCAUAUGAACUUUAUGUGGCACGGUAAGUGACAUGCCAUAUGGCACCGUUCUAUCUGUACAAUUAUAUCAAAACUAUUUUUUAAAAAAUAUAUUUGUCAAAUUAUCUAA